AUGGAGGAAAGAACUUAUCAGGAAGAAUCAAGAUCUGCCGAAGCACGUGGAGCCAAGAGUCCAUAUCAGGGUGCAGAGGAAGAAUCCUAUCUUGGAGAGGUUGAGAUGAAAGCUAAAUCAAGCGGCUUCCUUUCCUCAUUGCUGGGAGCUGGAUGUGAGUGUGAUGGAUAUAACAUUUACGUAGUUGGACAUUCCCUAGGAGGUGCAAUUGCUACAUUACUAGGAUUGAGACUAUAUGGUCAGUACCCAAACUUACAUGUUUAUGCAUAUGGGCCCCUUCCAUGCGUGGAUUCAGUCAUAGCAGAAGCAUGCUCAGAAUUUGUUACAAGCAUUAUACACGACAAUGAAUUUUCUGCACGCCUUUCAGUGGGAUCAAUUCUACGGCUUCGGGCAGCUGCAAUUAUGGCACUCUCAGAAGAUUCCAAAACUGAUACAGCUUUUAUUUUUAGACUUGCUUGUCGAUUUCUUUAUAUUAGCAAGUGGCAAAGAGGCAUUGAGGUUAAAGAUCCAUCAGAAUUACAUUCUCCACCCACCACAGUGGAAGAUCAAAAUUAUGUCAGAAAGGGAAAACGCAAGAUACAAAUUCGGCAGUUUUGUGUUUUUGCAAGCAAUCAACUGGACGAUGACAAUCCUUUCUGGAAGGAAUCAGAUACAAGCAGUGAUGGAGAUAUUAAUGAUGACAGUUUUGAAAAUCCUUUUCAUAAUGAGGCUGCGAAUGUAAAUGCAGUAGAUAAUCCUGUAUCUCAAUUUUUGGAAACUGUCCCUGGAAGUGAAAAUGGGUCAGCUGGGGAUCCCCCAGAGAUGUUUCUACCAGGGCUUGUGAUUCACCUGGUACCAGAACAAAGAAAUGACAAUGCGCCUUUGUGGAAAAGCUGGAGAUUCCAUGAGAGGGCGCAGCAUUAUAAUGCUUAUAUAGCAAACAGAGAAGACUUCAAAGAUAUUGUUGUCUCACCAAAUAUGUUCCUUGAUCAUCUUCCUUGGAGAUGUCGUGAUGCCAUGCAAAAGAUAUUAGAAGCUGAAAAUGACGAAGGCCUGCAUAAUGAAGUUCAAAUUGUAUCACUUGUUCUUGAGAAGCGUUGCCUUGCUGAUAUCCUCUUAAUGUUAUCAUAUCUCCAACAAUCUUGA